AUGGCGUGCGGUCAGCUCCAGCUGCCCGAGCUGACCAACGACCUCCUCCCGGCCAACAUGCCGCAGAUCCGGAACCUGGACGUGGAGUGUGCCAAAACGGGGAUGACGGUGAACAUCGAGUUCAGCACGCCGUUUAAUGGGGUCAUCUUCUCCAAGGGAUUCUACUCCAACCCGGCCUGUCGGUGA